GCACCGGCGGGAGCGGAGCCGCGGCGCGCGCUCGCCGGGACGCCGGCCGCCCGCCCGCCCGCCCGCCAGCCCGAGCGAGCGGCCCGGGGCGCCUAGGGGGCCCGCGCCCCACCGGGCGCCGCCGCCCUGGCCGCCAUGUGCUCCCAGCUCUGGUUCCUGACGGACCGGCGCAUCCGCGAGGACUACCCGCAGGUGCAGAUCCUGCGCGCCCUCCGGCAGCGCUGCUCCGAGCAGGACGUGCGCUUCCGGGCGGUGCUCAUGGACCAGAUCGCCGUCACCAUCGUCGGCGGCAACCUCGGCCUACAGCUGAACCAGAAGGCGCUCACCACUUUCCCAGACGUGGUGCUUGUCCGCGUGCCCACGCCCUCCGUGCAGUCGGACAGUGACAUCACCGUCCUGCGACACCUGGAGAAGCUGGGCUGCCGCUUAGUCAACCGCCCACAGAGCAUUCUAAACUGCAUCAACAAAUUCUGGACAUUCCAGGAGCUGGCUGGGCAUGGGGUCCCCAUGCCAGACACCUUCUCCUAUGGUGGACAUGAAGACUUUUCAAAGAUGAUCGAUGAAGCCGAGCCGCUGGGCUACCCGGUGGUGGUGAAGAGCACGCGGGGACACCGGGGAAAAGGUGUUUUUCUCGCAAGAGAUAAACACCACCUCUCAGACAUCUGCCACCUGAUCCGCCACGACGUGCCCUACCUGUUCCAGAAGUACGUGAAGGAGUCCCACGGAAAGGAUAUCCGGGUGGUGGUGGUCGGCGGCCAGGUGAUAGGCUCCAUGCUUCGCUGCUCCACAGAUGGACGGAUGCAGAGCAACUGCUCUCUCGGUGGUGUGGGUGUUAUGUGCCCACUGACAGAGCAAGGCAAGCAGCUGGCUAUCCAGGUGUCCAACAUCCUGGGCAUGGACUUCUGUGGCAUCGAUCUUCUCAUCAUGGACGAUGGCUCCUUCGUGGUGUGUGAGGCAAAUGCCAACGUGGGCUUCCUAGCCUUCGACCAGGCAUGCAACUUAGAUGUGGGCGGGAUCAUUGCAGACUACACCAUGUCUUUGCUGCCCAACAGGCAGACCGGGAAGAUGGCCGUCCUCCCAGGCUUGUCUAGCCCCAGGGAGAAGAAAGAGCCAGAUGGCUGUGCUUCAGCUCAGGGAGUCGUGGAGAGCGUCUAUGCCAUCAACAGCGGGUCUACCUCCAGCGAGAGUGAGCCUGAACUGGGAGAGAUCCGGGCUUCCUCAGCCAGCACAGCGGGGGCCCCGGCCCCCAUGCUGCCUGACCCCAGCUACAACAUUAACACCAGGAUUGCUUCAGAAUUAAAACUUAAGUGAAUUCCUGCUUUUUGGCAGCACUGAAACCAAAUCUUACUGCUUCCCUAGUAGUUUUGAGCGAAUAAAAUCUGGACUAGUGUGAUUUCAUUUGCACAGAAACUAGAAAUCCCAUCUGGGCACUCAGCAUUCUUUCUAACGAUGAUUUAAGCAAAUGGCCUAGCUUUGUGGUUUUUAGAAACACUAAUAUAAAAACCCUCACCGAGAACAA